UUGUGUUCAGGCUUCUCGGGCCGGCUCGUAAUAUCACACAGACCGAGUCGCGCACCUUUUUCAUGUUGGAUUUACGAGAUAGAUUCUGGGAUGACUCCCAGGAUCGGAAUAUCUAACGACCUCGUGUGGCUCGCCUUGCAUUAAAAACGUAAGGCUAAGGAUUACGGCAGUGCAUGGGGUCCCUCCGAUACGCAAGAUGACUCACCUUUGCAACUGUACCAUCUGUUGGCGAAUUCUGGACACCAGUCAUCAGAAAUUCUGCCUGUUUCCGUUCCAAUUAUAAUGGAUGGUAGAAGCCCUUCGAUGCUGCUCCUUCGAUAUCUAAGCUUUUCUCCUCAUGCUGAGGGUCAUGGCAAGGUCGAGGUGCCGCCACAUCCCUGGUCCGAGUCGGAAAUUGUCCAUGACUAGCAGCUGGGCUUCUACCACUCCGUGUGCGCGUGUAUCUCAAUGCAUAAAUACACCCCCGAUAGAUGGACGAUGUUGAUCCACAUUCAUUCCUCACCCACAAUUCUAUUCCAAUGUCUGUUUUACUCGCUGUUGCAGCUAUUAUUGCCGCUUUGUAUCUUGUCUAUUUCGCUAGAGCACGGAACGCUGGAUCCCGGCUUCCCUUACCACCCGGGCCACCCGGAAACUGGGAUAUAACAAGUCUCUCGUCACUCACAUCACUUGAAAAUCUGGAAUCCCUCGUUGAAGAAUACGGACCGGUCUUCACUCUACACUCGGGCUCCAAAGUCGCCGUUAUCAUCGGGAGACGACAGGCUGCUGUAGACAUUAUGGAGAAAGAGGGAGCAGCCCUCGCUGAUAGGCCGAGAUGGACGGCUGCAAGCGAGAUAGUUUCGGGUGGGAUGAGGUUGCUUUUGCUCCAGUCUGGAGAAAGAUUGAGGAAGUUUCGAAAAGCAUUGCAUACACAUCUCCAUGCAAAGUCGGCUAAGGACUAUGAGCCUCUACAAAUGCACUAUGCGGCGAAUCUCGUGAGGAAGAUCGCUGAGAACCCCGCGAAGCAUAUGGAUUACGCUAAGGAAUACGCCGCGUCGUUCGUCCUAUCUCUUGCCUAUGGCCGAACGGGGUCUGUAGACGUGAGCGAUUCGGAGAUAGUUGCGAUCCAACGAUCUCUCAAGCGUGUAGGCACUGCUGUGAGACCAGGAGCUUAUAUGGUUGAUGACUAUCCUUCUUUGAGAUAUCUCCCUUUCUACCAUCCAGAGCUGCGUUCAUGGCACGCCGAGGAGCUUUCGUUGUACCGAAAUCAAGUAGCAGGCGUCAAGGAUAGCAUGGACACGGUCCAGCCGUGCUUUUCCAAGUAUCUUCUCGAGAAUCAAGCCAAGCUCCGGCUGAACCACGACGAGGUCGUUUACCUCGCUGGUACGAUGUUCGGUGCCGGAUCUACUACCACGGCUAGUGCGAUCAGCGUGGUGAUUAUGGCUGCGGCGUGUUUUCCGCACAUGCAGGCAUGGGUGCAGGAGGAACUAGAUGCUGUUGUUGGUUGUAAGCGAGUACCAACAUUUGAUGACUAUGUUGACUUGCCUCGGGUUCUGGCGUUCGUGCUGGAGAGCUACCGGUGGAGGCCUGUUGGUGGGAGCGGCUUUGCUCAUCGAGCAUCUAGGGAUAUCAUUUGGCGAAAUUACUGCAUACCAAAGGACGCUAUCGUCAUCGGAGACCACUGGUCCAUAUGCCGAGAUCCCUCGGUCUUUGCGAAUCCAGAAGUUUUCGACCCUACUCGCUGGUUCGAUGAGAAUGGAUCUCUCAGAUCAGAUGCAUCGUUAUUCAGUUUUGGCUUUGGAAGACGGGUAUGUCCUGGGAGAUACGUAGCGGAUCGCUCACUUUUUAUAACGACUGCCCUGCUGCUUUGGGCGUUCAGGAUAUCGGAGGAUGAGAAAGCACCUAUUGACCAGCGAGGAUUUGGGGGAGAAGGGAUUAGUAUUACGCCCGAUGCGUUCGGGGUGUGCUUUGAGAAGCGGGUGGAAAAUAUGGGAGAAUUGUUGGAAUGAUUGACUCAGAGGACAUGACAGAGGGACUUUUGCUUAUUAGUAUGU